AUGUCUAAUGUAACCUCUACGAUUCUUGGACUUGCGGAACGACUUUUGCAAUUGCCGGAUCUUAACUGUACAAUUCCACCCAAGCUUAGUCCAUAUCACAAUCCAGUUGUCGUUUCGCGAUUGCUCGAUGCCGGUCUCUACGCGAGCUGCAACGGUAAAACGGAGAAGGAGUUGUCGGAUGAGGCCAAAGUCAUGGCAUCGAGUGAAGAAAGAGUGGAGGCGUUUAGCCUGCGAAGUAAUUCUGCGUUGCUGCAUAGUUUGGGGCUGGCAGCUAAUCUCAUGACUACUCGAGCGAAUGUCGUGAGGGACGAGGAUGAACCGUUCACUCCAUGUGUCCGGGGCAUACCGGGACGACCGCUAUACUCUGGCCAUGGAAUAGGGCCUGGGGGCACGGCGAACAAGAACAUGGAUCGCCCCAAACUACCGCCCCCUGACGAUGCGACCGAGGAGGAACUCAAACUGCUGACGGAUCACACAAAGAAGAAGCCUGGAGAUGCUAUUGUUGAAACCGCAUCCCUUGAAGCCGACCUUGCGAUUCGAUUCUCACGACUUUCCGAAAUGUUUGGGAAUGGCGACGAGCUGGACGGUAACGGCACGUUACGUCCUUUGGGGUCUUUGCGCUUGAAGCUGGCAGAAUUCUUCACGGCUUGCAUGAAGAAAGCGACUCAAGAUACAGUUCAGCAGAUAUCUGAUCUUGGCGUCCCCAAGAAGCUACUUGAAUUGUUUAGCAAAUAUCAAUGGAGCUCAAUGUUACAUGGUGUGAUAACGAAAUCAGUUAGUGCCGCAUUCAGUGGGGAUGAAGAUGGGCGACCUAGUCGUUCAGCUUGGUUCGCGGCAGGUUUAAUUCCAUGGCUAAUUGCUUCAUGGUCGAAGAAUGCAAAACAGGGGAAUGAAUCUAUACGAACGAGAGCAGGCUACAUGGGACACUUAAUUAGGAUUGGGACCUCACUUAUGGCAUAUAUUGAAGAGAGCAAGGAAGAAACAAACGCAGAGUUGCCCAACGAGGACGAUCUAGAGGCUUUUAAAGUCUUUGCAGAUCAAAUCCUCGGACCGGCGCACAACCGGGAAUCAAUGCCUCUUUGUGGGGACUUGAAUGACGCUGACGAGGACGAAGGAGAAGAAGCUACAGACGUCCUGGAAAUGGGAGGAAUGUCAUUUGUGGAGAAUCCCACCAAUAGCACUCCAGAUGUACCAAUGCAGUUUGGCUACAGUAAGUCUAGUGAUAACGACUCGGAAGAUGAAGAUGAAAUCAAGCCAGUGGACGUCGAUGAUCUUGAUCACUUUGGAGCAGAUGACGAUGAUGUACAGGAGGUGAAACCCCUUGUCGAUCAUGACAUUCCGCUUGCCCUGCGAGAACAAUUGUCAAGAGCUGAAGACAGUGAAACGAUUAAGCAAGUAGCUGUUGAGGCCUUGGCGCAGCCCUCUAGAAUACCCACAAUUCCGACGAGUGAGACAAAUGACCUUCGAAGUCGGACGCAAGCGGUCGAGCAAAACAGUAUUCCAAUGGAUGAUCUCAGCGGCGUGAUAGAUUCCGUGGACUCAUCCUCAGAGGAUGAAGGUUCUUACGUGGCCUUUGUGGAUGACCAAAAGGAAGAAGAAACGGCUCAGGUCUUGUCUGGUGUUGGCAAUCUCAGAAUAUCCGAAUCCGGAGCAGGAACAUCUCUAGACGGUAUUGUAACAGAAAUUGAGGAACCGGAUCCAAUUUUACCAACAAACGACACUGGCGAGCAUUUGCAAUCUUUGGCGGACAACAUCAUCACUGCACCAGACGAUGCUGAGAAUUCGUCAGAUGAAGAAUAUGAGGCUUGGGAAGACCCAGCAAGAGUAUCUACUAGCACAAACGCAGCCUUGGGCGUCGGGUCAAAAGCAGAAGAAGUGGAAAAGCCCGAGUCAGAUAGACCGAAAUCCGUAGCAUAGCUAAUGACAAAAAGAACAUACGCGCUUCGAGGGGUCUUUUUUCUUCGAGACUCCAUUCAACAAUAUGUAUAGCUAAUGAAGUGUCAUCAACUGUGAAAUCAAGGUUGACGUAUUGCUUUU